CGCGGCGUCCCGGCUCCCCAGCCCGUCCCCGGUGCCCGGCCCCAUGGAGCAGCUGCUGCGCGCCGAGCUGCGCACCGCCCGGCUGCGGGCCUUCGGGAGCCCCGGGCCCGGGGACAUCAGCGAGGGCCAAGCCUACGACACCGACGCGGGCCCGGUGUUCGUCAAGGUCAACCGCAGGACGCAGGCCCGGAAGAUGUUUGAGGGGGAGAUGGCAAGCCUCCAGGCCCUCCACAGCACAGGCCUGGUGCGGGUGCCUCAGCCUGUAAAGGUGAUCAACGUGCCAGGAGGUGGGGCAGCCUUUGUAAUGGAGUAUUUGAAGAUGAAGAGCUUGCGCAGCCAGGCAUCAAAACUUGGGGACCAGAUGGCAGAUUUGCACCUUUUCAACCAGAAGCUCAGGGAGAAGUUGCAGGAGAGGGAGCACACCGUGGGCCACGGGGCUGAGAGUGCUGAGCCCCAGUAUGUGAGCAAGUUCGGCUUCCACACUGUCACCUUCUGCGGCUUCAUCCCUCAGGUGAAUGAAUGGCAGGAUGACUGGCCAACCUUUUUCACUCAGCACCGGCUACAAGCACAGCUGGACCUCAUUGAGAAGGACUAUGGUGACAGAGAGGCCCGAGAACUGUGGUCAAGGCUACAGGUGAAGAUCCCAGAUCUGUUUCGUGGCCUAGAGAUUUUCCCUGCCCUGCUCCACGGAGAUCUCUGGUCGGGAAACGUGGCUGAGGAUGACUCAGGGCCCGUUAUAUAUGACCCAGCUUCCUUCUAUGGCCAUUCGGAGUUUGAACUGGCAAUUGCUUUGAUGUUUGGGGGGUUCCCCAGGCCCUUCUUCACUGCCUACCACCAGAAGAUCCCCAAGGCUCCGGGGUUCGAGCAGCGGCUGUUGCUCUACCAGCUCUUUAAUUACCUAAACCACUGGAACCACUUCGGGCGGGCGUACCGGAGCGCGUCCCUGGGCACCAUGAAGGAGCUGCUCCGGUAGCAGGUGCCCCGGCCUCCUCGCCGAGCCCCAAUAAAGCUCGUGCUGGCUCCCGGCUUGCAGGCAGCUGCG